CCCCCACCCCCUUGUCUCCUCCCACCGGGAACAACCAACGCCGGCUCCAUGGGUAUCUGGGACGAUAUCAGAUCGAUCGCCGUCAGACUUAUGAAUCGGAGCACUUCAAACACCUCCUCCGAUUCAUCUACAACUUCCCGUAAUCGCUUCCUAACCAAGCCGGUUGUGGAAUCCCUGCCUGACCCCGAUCGUAGGGAGACCAUAACUCGAGUUCUAACCGGCUUCGGCAAGUUCGCCGUCGAUUCUGCUGUUAACGAUUCUCUCAAAGGUCGGAUGCAAGUGUAUAAGAUAGUGAAGGAAGGAUUGAAGGAUGAAGCUCCUGUAGAACCAGCAAAUUUGAACAAUAAAGCACCACAUACAUUAAUGAUGGAGGAGAUGCAGGCUCGGAUGGAGAAAAUGGAAGAGGAUUUGCAUAUUAUAAGGCUGGAUGACGAAGAUUCAAUCUUAUGUGCCAAGGAUUUGGAUCCUCGUAAAGAUGAAACCGCAGAAGGUAGUGAAAAAUCAUCUCCUGCAAAAACUGAUGUGAAGAAGAUCUUCAUUCGGUCGCGCUUAUAAAGAGGGGGAUUGUAAAAUACAUAUGCGUUUACACUUUACAGGUAUCGGUAGAUUGGAUUCUGUAUUCUUUUGCAUUUUUGUUGAUGUUUUAAGUUGCAUCUAUAAACUCUUACUUUUUUUUUUUUUUGAAUGUUUAUAUGUGGC